AUGCAGGCAAAUGCCCAGCAGGUUCAAGAUGAUCUUGCUACCCUCUUUUCCCGUAAUUUGACAUUUAACCCUGAACUUCACGCCUCUGUUCCGAAAGAAAUUCCAAGACAGGAACAAGCAGUCCCAACCACUGUCACCCAACAACCUAUUGUGUAUUCGAUUUCACAGCAUUACCACCACUCUGCCCACACGGUGAAACCUGCGCCUCAGCAAUUGGAGAAUGAUAGCCAAUACAAAACCCAGAGACCGUCAUCGGAACCACCGCAGAGCGAACUCUCUCCUAUGGAGAUGAUUUUGCGUAACUAUGGGAUAGACCCUAACGUUUUGACACCAUCCCAAGUUCAACUCUUCCGAAUCGCGGAUGAUCCGCAGAAGCUCCGUCUUCUUGAGCUAUGGAGCAUUUGCCCUCCAAGUAGGGCUGAAGAUAUUCCUGCUCUUGCCUGGAGCAGCACUAGCGUGGAUCAAGAGGAACAGCUUGCUCGGAUGCGAUUUGAGAGGCAGCAGACUCCUACAAUGAGCCUUGAUGGGACCGUCGUCCAGACCGACGACAGCAAAUGGACUCAGAAUGUGGCUGCCGACAGCGAGCCAUACAUGAUUUCCGGGUAUGAAGAACUCAUGCGAAGAGAGUAUGAACGACAGUCCGUUGACACCAAACCCAGAGAUGUUUAUAACCAUUACGGCACUGCCCUGGGUAGCAACAGAUAUUCAAGAUCUACCGACCCUGUUUACAAAGGACCCGAGUACAACCAGCAGCAACAGCAGCUGGAAAUGGCAUCGCAGUAUGGUGCAUUUGAGCAAUUCAGGAGUGGAUCGAUGCAGGUGGAUGCUAUGGAUGUCAUGUAA